UCGUUUCAACAGAUCACUCAUUAUUAACCGUCAACUGCACACAAAACAUGUACUCCGACGACGGUGUGCGGUGGCCACCAACACCGUUUCAUCCAUGGCGACUCGACUCCACAAGGGGAUAACCAUCGCAUCUUCUUCAUCACCACUCUCUAUUUCCAAACAAAUACUAGACGAAGCCUCUCCGAUCGCCAUCUUUUGUUCUAGCAUCUCCAAGGUCAGGUGCGCUUCGUCUUCGUCGGAUGGCAUGUCGGCGACCGCCGGAAAGCCCAAGAAGAAGACGCAGGACCGUCUCUCCGGCGUAAUAGACGCUGUUAAUGACCGGAAACUCCCUGCUGAACUCCGUGGCCAACGCAACAAUAUUAGGUCAGAAACCGAUAUUAUCAAUGUCGUCGAGCAAAGGAUUUGGCAUUCAAUGGAAGAAGGCCAGUUCGAGAACUUACCAGGGAAGGGUAAACCGUUAAACCUGAAUAGCAAUCCUCACGCCGAUCCAGCUGAUGACACAUUGUAUAGGAUACUAUCGAGGAACAAAUGUGCACCGGAGUGGGUUGAACUCAACAAAGAAAUCAGAAUCGGAGUUGCUGAAUGGCGAUUAAGCUUGAAGAAAGCAUGGGUUCGUAAGGAAAGUGGAGAUAAUUCCAAAUGGGAUGAAAAUUCAGAUUCUUUGAAACUUCAACUGCGCAUUAUCAAUGAUAAGGUAUUCAGGUAUAACCUAAUUGUCCCGUUUGGACGCCAGAUGUCCGGGUUUAAAUGGGAGAAAGAAGUCGCUCGCCUCAAUGAAGUAGAACAACCAAGUUCAUGAACAAACAAGAAUGCUUUUGUUAACUUCAUUUUAUACUUUCUAGAACUAUUUGCAUCACUUUUUGAAAUCAUACAUAGAAGUAUACAACACAUAUUAAUCAUGGUUAUGUAUAAGUUAAGUUAUAGUGAGAAUGAUCAUUUAUCAUUUAUACUAUUAUAAUUGGUAUUUUAUAGUCA